CUCACCUGCACAAGCACAGGAACGGACGCCUAGCCCGAACAAAGGACUCCGAGACGCCAGACCCAUCUCUCACACUACUGUGGACUGUAUUUGACUGAAUUAUGUGUUCUGGAAAUUUCGCCAAAUGCCUGGGGAUAACCCUCAUCCCACUGACCAUCAUCUGUAUCCUCUGCAACAUUCUGCUGUUUUUCCCGGGUGGUAAUGUGGCCGAUGAGAGCAGCAACAUCACGGAUGAAGUCUUUUAUCUCGGAGGAAUUCUGGGAUCUGGUGUGGUGAUGAUUUUCCCUGCACUGGUUUUCCUGGGCAUGAAGAACAACGACUGCUGCGGCUGCUGUGGGAACGAGAGCUGCGGAAAACGUUUUGCGAUGUUCGGCUCCAUUCUGUUCGCCGCGGCCGGAGCUGUGGGCGCUGCUUACUCCGUUAUUGUGUCUUGUGUGGCCAUUAAUCACGGGCCCAAGUGCUUCACUACCUAUCUCAACGGGACCGUCCAAGCAAUUAACGUCACUUACCCAUUUGCCGACGGGAACUACCUGUCCAACAGAACGCUGUGGGAUCUAUGCGACGGUCCGGGCGAUAUCAUCACGUGGCAUCUGACCCUGUUCUGCAUCCUGCUGGUCACUGGUCUGGUUCAGAUCGGUCUGUGUGCUUUCCAGGUCAUCAACGGGCUCAUCGGCACCAUCUGUGGAGACUGCUGCGGCUGCUGCGGGGACUCCUAAACCACUCAGAAUGGACUUGGCUCAAUGAAUCUUCAGGACUAAUCAUACAUCCAUAUCUGUAAUUGUCAACAGUUUUUCACCUCAUAAUUUGUAUUUAUACUGUUUAGAUGGAUGUUGUUUUCUUCCGUGUUUGCUGUAUACCACAUCUGCCUGAUGAAGG